UCCCCUCCACCGCGACCACAACAAAUCCGGCAUGGCGGAGGCCUGCGCAACCACGGUCUCGAUCCCCUCAACCGCGACCGCAACAAAUCCGGCAUGGGGAGGAAGGGGUGCGCGCUGUAGUCGCUGGAUUUGGGAAACCUCUCGACAACGCAACCCCGGCCUUCCCCCACACCCCUGAACCGAUCCCUCGACUUGGCGUUGACUCGCAUUUCGUCCGCCGCCGUCAGUCAUCGCUCGCUCGCCCCAGCGGCCGGAGCUGGAGGUCCGCUACGUGUGCAAAUCCACAACUUGGAGUGGCGCCGCUGGUCUUCCUGGCUCCGCUGCUCUCCCACCAACGGCUGCCCUCCCGGCAACUCUCCCAUCCUGGCAUGGCUCGACUUUCCCAGGUGCUAGCACUUACCUCAUAUCUCUAAUCCCGUGGAUGGCAGCAGCGGCGAUGAACGAACAGGGGGCCUGCGAACUGAUUGAUUUCUAUUAUAUGCAAACGGAUUAUACAGAGAGGUGUCGGGGAGUAGUUCCUGGAAGCGCUGGUGAUGUGCUGGACGAUGACCCUGUUGGGGAGCUCAAGGUGUUUAUCUACGAUCUCCCCGGAAAGUACAACAAGAAGCUGCUGAAGAAAGACCCUAGGUGCCUGAACCACAUGUUCGCCACGGAGAUCUUCAUGCACCGGUUCCUGCUGUCGAGCGCGGUGCGAACUUCCAUCCUAGAGGAGGCUGAUAGGUUCUACACGCCUGUGUACCCGACCUGUGAUCUGACACCAUCGGGUCUCCCGUUGCCAUUCAAGUCUCUGUGAAUGAUGCGCAGCGCCAGCGAGCUGAUCGCGAUGA